ACGUGCGCCAGGCGGGGUCGUUCUAGGCGGGGAGGGGCCCGGGGUCUAUGGUGCUGGCGGACCGAGGCGCUCGGCGGCCGGAUCGUGCCUGGCCCCGGGGGGCGGCCGGAGCCAUGAGCGUGGACAAGGCCGAGCUCUGCGGGCCCCUGCUCACCUGGCUGCAGACCUUCCACGUCACAUCUCCGUGCCAUACCUACCAGGAUCUGACCAGCGGGGUCCCCAUUGCCCAGGUCCUGCACAGGAUAGACUCCUCUUGGUUCAACGAGACCUGGCUCCUGCGGAUCAAAGACGACACCAGUGACAACUGGAGGCUCAAGGUGAGCAACCUGAAAAAGAUCCUGCAGAGCGUGCUGGAGUACUCCCAAGAUGUCUUGGGUCACCAGAUCUCAGAGUGCCACCUGCCAGACGUCAACCUGAUCGGGGAGUUCUCGGACACCUCAGAGCUGGGCAAGCUGCUGCAGCUGGUGCUGGGAUGUGCCAUCAGCUGUGAGAAGAAGCAAGAGCACAUCCAGCAGAUCAUGACCUUGGAGGAGUCCGUCCAGCACGUAGUUAUGGCUGCCAUUCAGGAGCUGAUGACCAAGGACCCGCUGGACACGUUGGCCUCCGAGACGUACGGCAACUUCGAUAGCCAGUCCCGGAAGUACUAUUUCCUCAGCGAGGACCUGGAGGAGCCGGAUGACAUGCAGCAGCGCUGCCAGGAACUGGAGCAACAGAUCUCCAUCCUGGUGGAAGAGAAGAACACCCUGACCCUGGAGAACAAGACCCUGAAGGAGCAGAAGAACCGGCUGGAGUCGGAUGUGGGUGGCAAGAAACUGCUGUUGCUGCAGGCUCAGAUCACGCAGCUGCAGGAGGAGACCUUCAGGCUGGAGAGCGGGAAGGAGGACGUCCGCACGCGCUGUGAGGAGCUGGAGAAGGAGGUGCAGGAGCUGCAGCGUCGGAACGAGGCGCUGAGCAGCCUGGCUGAGGAGGCCCAGGCUCUGAAGGACGAGAUGGAUGUGCUGAGGCACUCAUCAGACAAGGUGGGCAAGCUGGAGGCUGCGGUGGACACGUACAAGAAGAAGCUGGAGGACCUGGGCGACCUGCGGCGGCAGGUGCGGCUGCUGGAGGAGCGGAACACGGUCUACAUGCAGCGCACCUGCGAGCUGGAGGAGGAGCUGCGCAAAGCCAAUGCUGUCCGCUCCCAGCUGGAGACUCACAAGAGGCAGGUGCGCGAGCUGCACAGCAAACACUCGGAGGAGGCCUUGAAGGCCGAGAAGUGGCAGUUUGAGUUCAGGAACCUCAAGGAGAAGUUUGAGGCACUGGUGAAGGAGAAGGAGCGCCUGAUUGAGGAGCGGCACUCCCUCCGCGAGGCCAACGAGGAGCUGAGAUGCAUCCAAGUGCAGCAGACGUACCUGAGCCAAGCAGAUGCCUUGCUGGACGGAGUCUCUUCUCCCAUGGACAACCUGGCCGCUGAGAUCUUGCCGACUGAACUCAAGGAGACCAUCGUGCGCCUGCAGCAUGAGAACAAGAUGCUGUGUGUGCAGGAGGCGACGUAUCGGCAGCAGCUGGCUGAGCUGCAGGGGCAGCUGGAGGAGUCCAACCGCACCAAGAACCGGCUGGAGACCCAGCAGAGGUUGCACCAGCAGCAGAUCUCGGAGCUGAAGGCCCAGGUGGAGGAGCUCCAGAAGGCCCUGCAGGAGCAGGGCACCAAGGCAGAGGAUGCCAUUUCCUGCCUGCUGAAGAGGAAGCUGGAAGAGCACCUGGAGAAGCUGCACCAGGCCCACUCGGAGCUGCAGAAGAAGCGGGAAUACAUCGAGGACUUGGAGCCCAAAGCGGACAGCACAAACGCCAGGAAGAUCAACGAGCUGCAGGAGUGUUUGAAGAAGAAGGACGAGGACAUGAAGGCCAUGGAGGAGCGGUACAAGCGCUACAUGGACAAGGCCUGCACGGUCAUUAAGACGCUGCACCCCAAGCAGCAGCCGUCAAGCCCCCCCCCCGAGAUCCAGGCCUUAAAGAACCAGCUGCAGGAGAAGGAGGUGAAGAUCCAUCACCUGGAGACCAACUUAGAGAAAACGAGAUCCCAGCGGGAGCAGGAAGAGAAGCUGAUCAUCAGCGCCUGGUACAACACGGGCAUGGCACUCCACCAGCAAGCCACGGAGGAGCGGUCGGCCACCUCCAGCAGCGCCCAGUCCUUCCUGGCCCAGCAGCGCCAGGCCACCAACGCCCGCAGGGGGCAUCUGGGGCGGACCCAGCCCCUGCUGGCCAAGUACGGAGACAAGCCCCCACAGCUGCACUGACUGGAGCCCCUCCCGCUCCCACCCCCCUCCAUGGCUGCGUGGGGUGGGGGGGGUCUUGGAACUGGAGCUCCUUGCCCAUUGCUGCCCUAUGGCACCCACCCCCAGUGGUGCCAUCUGUCGCUUGCAGUGGGGGGAAUGGAG